AUGCCAGAACGGCUCGCGCAAAUGCUCUUGGAUCUGUGGACUCCACUAAUGAUAUUAUGGAUUACUCUUCCCCCUUGCAUUUAUAUGGCUCCGCUGAAUCAGUCUCAAGUUUUAAUGAGUGGAUCCCGUUUGGAACUAAACAGGCUGAGUGAAGAACAGCGGAUUUUGAGCCGCUCCAAAAGAGGCUGGGUUUGGAAUCAAAUGUUUGUCCUGGAAGAGUUUUCUGGACCUGAACCGAUUCUUGUUGGCCGGCUACACACAGACCUGGAUCCUGGGAGCAAAAAGAUCAAGUAUAUCCUAUCUGGCGAUGGAGCUGGGACAAUCUUUCAAAUAAAUGAUAUAACAGGAGAUAUCCACGCCAUAAAAAGACUUGAUCGAGAGGAAAAGGCCGAGUACACCCUAACGGCUCAGGCAGUGGACUGGGAGACCAACAAGCCCCUUGAGCCUCCUUCUGAAUUUAUUAUUAAAGUUCAAGACAUCAACGACAAUGCUCCCGAGUUCCUUAAUGGGCCUUAUCAUGCUACCGUGCCGGAGAUGUCCAUUUUGGGUACGUCUGUCACAAAUGUAACAGCCACCGAUGCUGAUGACCCGGUUUAUGGAAACAGUGCCAAGUUGGUUUACAGUAUCUUGGAAGGGCAGCCUUAUUUUUCCAUUGAGCCUGAAACAGCAAUUAUAAAAACUGCCCUUCCGAACAUGGACAGAGAAGCCAAGGAGGAGUAUGUGGUCGUUAUCCAAGCCAAAGAUAUGGGUGGACACUCCGGUGGCCUGUCGGGGACCACAACACUGACAGUGACCCUUACUGAUGUUAAUGACAACCCUCCAAAAUUUUCCCAGAGUCUGUAUCACUUCUCAGUACCUGAAGAUGUGGUUCUUGGCACUGCAAUAGGCCGGGUGAAGGCCAACGAUCAGGACAUCGGUGAAAAUGCACAGUCAUCAUAUGACAUCAUCGAUGGAGACGGCACAGCACUCUUUGAAAUCACCUCUGACGCCCAGGCCCAGGAUGGCAUUAUCAGACUAAGAAAGCCUCUGGACUUUGAGACCAAAAAAUCCUACACACUGAAGGUGGAGGCAGCCAAUAUUCACGUUGACCCACGUUUCAGCGGCAGGGGGCCCUUUAAAGAUACAGCAACUGUUAAAAUUGUCGUUGAGGAUGCAGAUGAGCCUCCUGUCUUCUCUUCACCGACUUAUCUCCUCGAAGUUCAUGAAAAUGCUGCUCUAAACUCUGUGAUUGGGCAAGUGACUGCUCGUGACCCUGAUAUCACUUCCAGCCCUAUAAGGUUUUCCAUCGACCGGCACACUGACCUGGAGAGACAAUUCAACAUUAAUGCCGAUGAUGGGAAGAUAACGCUGGCAACACCACUUGACAGAGAGUUAAGUGUGUGGCACAACAUAACGAUCAUUGCUACUGAAAUUAGGAACCACAGUCAGAUAUCACGAGUACCUGUUGCUAUUAAAGUGCUGGAUGUCAAUGACAACGCCCCUGAAUUCGCAUCCGAAUAUGAGGCAUUUUUAUGUGAAAAUGGAAAACCCGGCCAAGCAUUUUUCAGGACCUAUCUGCAUAUACAAGAGGGAGACACGAUUGGUUUUAAAAUGGAUGAAAUUGAUGGCCUCAACAAAAUGCAUAAAGUCAUUCAAACAGUGAGUGCCAUGGACAAGGACGAGCCCAAAAAUGGACAUUAUUUCCUAUACAGCCUUCUUCCAGAAAUGGCCAACAAUCCGAAUUUUACCAUCAAGAAAAAUGAAGAUAAUUCCCUCAGCAUUUUGGCAAAGCAUAAUGGAUUCAACCGCCAGAAGCAAGAAGUCUACCUUUUACCCAUCAUAAUCAGUGAUAGCGGGAAUCCCCCUCUCAGCAGCACCAGCACCCUGACCAUCCGGGUCUGUGGCUGCAGCACAGAUGGCGUCGUCCAGUCGUGCAAUGUCGAGGCGUAUGUCCUUCCGAUUGGACUCAGUAUGGGCGCCUUAAUCGCCAUACUGGCAUGCAUCAUUUUGCUGCUAGUCAUCGUGGUGCUGUUUGUAACUCUAAGGCGACAUAAAAAUGAGCCAUUAAUUAUCAAAGAUGAUGAAGACGUCCGAGAAAACAUCAUCCGCUACGAUGACGAAGGAGGAGGCGAAGAAGACACGGAGGCUUUUGAUAUUGCAACUCUACAAAACCCAGAUGGAAUUAAUGGGUUCUUACCCCGUAAGGAUAUUAAGCCAGAUUUGCAGUUUAUGCCGAGGCAAGGGCUUGCUCCAGUUCCAAACGGCGUGGACGUGGAUGAGUUUAUAAACGUGCGGCUCCACGAGGCCGACAACGACCCCACAGCCCCGCCCUACGACUCCAUUCAGAUUUACGGCUACGAAGGCCGAGGGUCCGUGGCGGGGUCCCUGAGCUCCUUGGAGUCCACCACCUCAGACUCGGACCAGAAUUUUGACUACCUCAGUGACUGGGGUCCCCGCUUUAAGAGACUGGGUGAACUUUACUCUGUUGGUGAAAGUGACAAAGAAACUUGA